AAGGGGAGAAGAGGAAAGAGGGGGGGGAAGGGAUCGCGCCGGCGUCGGUAUGACACGGUCGAGUCAGACUCGGGACUCGGCGGGUUGGCACGCACUGGUAGAUAGACACACGCACACAGAGCACAGGCGGAUGGACGGACAGAUAAGAGAGAGACAUAGGCAGUCGGACCAUACGGGACAUGGCACACACAGAACAGACCUGGCUGCCUUAACUGCCUGCCCUAGGUGACUAGCUAACCUGCGCGCUCUGCAUGUCUACGUCGAUAUGCGCGCGCGGGCAGACGAGCCGCGUGCAGGCGUAUGUACGCACGCACGCACGCACGCCCGCACGCCCGCACAUAUGUACAUGCGUAUGUAUGUAUGUGUGUGUACGUAUGUGUGUGUGUAUGUAUGUAUGGCAUGCCGCCAACCCAGCCGCUCGCAUCCUCUCGCCGCCACGAGAGAAAGGGGGGGGGGGGGUAGACGCCCUUCCUUCCGCUCCCUCUCUCGCUCUCUGCCCUCCCGUCUGGCUCCCACCACGCCGUGUCUGUGUGUGCGCUCUGUAAGGCACCCAUGCGUGCCCAGGACCCGGCGCGGUCGCGCGCACCUCGGAUACGUGCAGGGGGGGCACGUAUAUUGGUUUACGGAUUGUCGGGUCGAGACCAGGGGUGGUGGGCGAGGGGAAGGGGGCGCAUCCUGCCCACACCUUCGUUCGACGGCAGAAGGGCGGGCUGGGGACGGCACGGCGAGCAGGUAGGUAGGUAGGUAGGUAGGUGGACAGGUAGGUAGGCUGGGGAGCUAGCGAGGCAGGGGGGAGGCCAGGUGCCGCGCGUUGGGCGUUGCGCCCGC